AUGCAGCAAGCGGUCUCCGCCGAAGGAGCGGCAGGGCGCCCGUCCAACCCUGUCGACCACACCGGCCUCUGUCUGCUGUCGCUCGACGGCGGUGGAGUCCGAGGUCUAUCCACGCUCCAUAUCCUCAAGAGCCUUAUGACCCAGGUGAAUUACGAACGCCAGAAGAGCGGAGCUUCGGCGCUCAAGCCAUGUGAAUUAUUCGAUCUCAUCGGCGGGACCAGCACCGGAGGCCUCAUCGCUAUCAUGCUUGGCCGGCUUGAGAUGGACGUGGACGAAUGCAUUACGGCUUAUAACCGAUUGACCAAAGCCGUGUUUGAAGAGAAGGUGCACCGGACACCGUUCAGCUGGUCAGGACAAGUUCGACCACGAUUCAAUAGCGACAAUCUCAAGACCGUCAUCGAAGACGUCAUCACCAGCCAAGGUUACUCUCCGACUGAAGCAUUUAAUGAUGGGAAACCCCACGGAUGUAGAGUGUUCGUCUGUGCAGCGGCGAAGGACCUAUACGGAAUCACACGUCUCCGAAGCUAUGACCUUCCCCAGAAACCGAGUGUACAAUCCACGAUCAGCGAAGCCGCCCUCGCCACGUCCGCCGCUACUGGCUUCUUCGAUCCGGUCUCGAUUGGAGCCAGACAGUUUGUGGAUGGCGCGUUGGGGGUGAACAACCCGGUGGAAGAGGUGGAAGUAGAAGCCGCCGACAUUUGGUGUGCUGAAUCUGCCGAAGUAAAACCGCUGGUGAAGUGCUUUAUCUCGAUUGGAACUGGGAAUCCAGGUAAGAAGGCCGUUGAAGAUAACUUGUUGAAGUUCUUGUCGAAGACGUUGGUCCAAAUCACAACAGAAACCGAGGAGACGGCGAAACGGUUUGUGGCGCGGUGGAGGCAGCACUUGGACCAGAAUCGAUAUUUCCGUUUCAAUGUCGAGCAGGGACUCCAGGAUGUCGACUUGGCCGAAUAUAAAGAGCAAGGUCGCAUCGAGGCGGCGACGCAUCAGUACCUAGACGACCAACAUCAGAUCUCCCGCGCGCGGCACUGUGUGGCAAACUUGACGCUGAAGCAAAGUGUGUACCUAGAAGAUUUCCCAUAG